UUAAAACCUACUUUUAAGAAGAUUAAGAUUAAAUCAUGCGCUGUAUUGUAUUUUUUAUUUUUUGAAAUGAGACCAAGUUAACUGAAGUACUAGUAUUACAUGCUAAAUAUAUAUUAUUACUUCUGCGCUAUGGACUAAACUUGUGUUACAGGCGGAAAUAUUUCCUUAUUUACCGAAAUAGUUGUAAUCUCUGUCAUACUCGUGUGAAAGAUGAGGGUAACGGAGCUUUUAGCGGGAAAUUUCUUUUUCUUCGUGCUUUUGGUGGCACGUGCACUUUGCGCAGCCCCAACUGGAUGCACGGCUAUUGAUGGUCUUUACGAAUGCGAUUAUGGGACUGUAAGCUUGCCUAUGGCUGAGACCUCCUUCAGCAGUCCACUUGCUCAGCGUGUCCGUCUUACCAACGUGAAUGGUAACAUCAACACCGAUGUCUUCGGCACGACCUUCGCCUCUAUUGAUACCACUCAGUUUGAUACAAACUGGGCACCUACCUUUGAAAUCAAAUGUGACGGAAGCGUGACGCUUGGGCAGAACACGUUCUCUAAUAUGGACCAUAUCCGUGAUGUCAAGAUUGUAAACUGUGAUGUCACUGUACCUGCAAAUACUUUUCUGAAUUUAAUGUACCUAGAUCGGCUGGUCAUUGAAAAUGGGACAAUAACCUCAUGGGACGCUGCCGCUAUGGACGGCAUGCAGAUUGUUAAGUUUACAGACCCGAGUCCUGCCUACCCGGUCAAAACGGGGGAACUUAUCUUCAUGAACAGCAAGCUGACAAGUCAGUCCUUUCCAACCGGUGCUUUCACAAAGCAAGGGCGAAUAGAGACCUUAGUUUUAGAGGGUCUAGACUUAAACACACUAGAAGCCAGCAUGUUUUCGAAUAACACAAAACUGCGGAUUCUCUCCCUCGGCUACAAUAGUUUUACUACACUACCCAGUGGGCUGUUUGACAACUUAGACAGUCUGGCCGAACUCCACCUCUAUGACACCCAGCUCGACUGCAACUGUACGAACCUCUGGUUCUUUGAGCACGCUGAUACCACCAAGAUGAAAAUUCGUGGUGACAUGACUUGUGCCACACCUGCCGAUUGGGCUUACUACAGAGCUGCCUCUUACUACCAGUCGAAUUGUGUUACAACUACAGAAUCUUGCAGUAAAGGGCUCGAACUUAUGGGUGCGUGUAUCACGUACUUUGAGCUUGCCAUGUACAUAGUAUGUGUGUGGGCGUUCAUCUUAGCGAUCAUUGUGUUAAUUCUGGUAAUCCACACCAAAAGGCAGAUGGGAGGCGGGUCAUCUUCGUCGCGUAAGAAAGGCGGCCCUAGAUCGAAGAAGCCAGACGCCGGGAAGAAGCGUCCGCCAAAAGAAACAAAGAAGGGCUGGGCAUAAGCAGUGGCGUUUUCUUUCAACAAUCUUUGUUUUCUUUUCCUCGGCGAAAAAGCAGAGUAUUUACUUUCCUUACAGAGUGAUUCAUCUUUCAAAACGUUUAAUCCUGACCAAAAGCUGCCAAACAAAACAAUAAGGUAUCUCCCGUUUGGCAAACGUGUUGCUCAAGAAACUUCUUCAAAACUGAUGUGGUAUCACAGUAGUAAUUAUUUUUUAUGAACGAGGGGUGUUCCAACAAUACGUAGACUGUACGAUUUUGAAUAAUUCAUUCAAGAAAUCAAUCAAGAAAAUCCACUAAUCGAUCGGUAUAGGUAAAAUUAAGGUUCCGUUUAAUAAAUAGAGGACCAUGAGUGUUUUUAUACGAGUUGAAUAAAAAAAAUGAAAUGUCAGGCACUGCCGAGCGUCUAUUCAAUAAGUUUAAUGGAUUCAAUGUGAAAAGGAACAACAAAAUAUUCUUUUUAUCACAUGUUCACCUUGUUUUAAAGCAUAAAAAAAUUCUUCUUUCUUUACCUAUUAUACAGAACUGGAACAAUUAAUGUGACCUUCUUAAUUCGACCGGCUUGAAAUGACGUCAGCGUCGAAGCUUUAUUUCACUAGUGUAAUACCACAAUUAUGUAAUGGCUUACUCUUAACACGCCAAACAUGUGAUAGAAUAAAAUAUUUGGUCAUGUUCUCAAACUCAUCGUUUUAUAUUUCGGAUUGAUUGUGGUAGUGUUUAUACUCUUGUAAGACCCCACUUUAGAAGCCUCGAAAAAAAUGUAAAUUCCUUUCAAAAUAAACUUUCUCACAGAAGUGUGUUUCUAUAACUAAUUAAAAUUCUAAACUUUCACAAAAUACGCCUUUCACAGCAAAAUUUUGACAUUAAAGUACGGUUAAUUUUCAAACAGACACUUUUUCAGUUUUCACAAUUUAGACAAAUUUAAGCCACUUAAGGGGACGCAAACUUUGAAAUUAGAAAAAAAGUGGGUGGGGUAUGAUAAAAUUUACCUGCAAAAACAGUACAAGGUUUUGGUACAUGAAAUGGAUACUGUUUCAACUGUUAUAAGUACACAAAGGAUUGCUCACUAAAAUAAAAAUGAGAAAACUGAAACAAGAAAGUUAUUGUUGAAUUACAUAAGACUUACUGUGUACAUUCAAAGUCAACAAUUAAGACUUUUUGGUGCGAAAAUAAUAGUGCUUCACCUUGUCCAAACAUUUAUCAAUGUCCUACAGAUUCUAAUUUAAAGAAAGAAUGUGAAAUAUGGU